GCGGCAUUUCACGGCUUAACCUGUCCCAGGUUCAUCCGAUCGACCAAUUCCUACCUCCUACCUCCCAUUUUGACACAGUAACCUAACCAGUUCCCAUUCGAGAAACAUUCGGCACCCCCACGGUAAUAUAGAAUACAGCCUCUAUACGCCACCUCGGGCUCGCAAGCUCGCCUAAGGUAGCUCCGUUCAGCUGAAUGAUUUUGAUGAGACACCAGCCAAAGAGCCGGUGUAACGAUUGCACACGCUGGGAACGGCGAUGAUCAGAUAAAAGAAUUCGACUGCUAUGUAUGUACCAACUUGCAUCCAAGUCGCUCAGUGUAAUUACGAUAAGGAGGUGUUUCCCAGACAGGAAAUGAAGCCAUACAAACUGGUGACAGUAAACAAACUCUUGCAACCAACCAUGCUCGAUCGCUCCGCUCGCUCGCUCGCUCGCUCAGAAAUCCUCAUAUGCUUAACCCAAAAUCCAAAUUUCAUCCAUGCAUCCGUCAUCGACCGACCGAUAGAUCCGGUUCGUUGUAAACAUCAAUUCUCGAGGCGCUCAUCUCGCCACACACGUAUGUCGACAGACAGACAGACAGACAGACAUCAUCCCACCUGUGCCGAUACGGCCUGUGAGAGACUGCCUCAAAACGCCGCAGGUACUGACACGGUGACCGUCACGGUGACCGUCUCUGACGGCUCGUCGUGGACCCCGUCUACAGCGGGCACGGUCGUCUUCACGGCAGCCGAUGUCGACGCUGUGGCUGUCCAUGUCUCGGCCGCACCACUCGCGGUGGCUAGCUGCACGCGCACCGUCUCGGUGACGGUCUCGAACACGCGCACGGUUUUGCGCUGCGGGCCGUCGCUGUCGGCUGGCAUGUUGCUUCUCGUGUCCGGGGUGGUGGGCGGCGAGGCGAGGUCUGCUGGCUCGACUGCCGGGGCCGGCUCGGUCUCGUCGUCAAUGGCGCCUGGAUGCUCUUCGUCGUGAGCGUCCAAGACAUCGUCAAGCGAGGGACGAGUCUCCUCGGUGAUCUGCGGGUCUGCGAUCUCUGCUUCAAACGCGGGGCUCUCCACGACGAAAGCAGUCGCAUCGACCUCAGCGACAUGCACGACGGGACCAACCUCGACGUCCAUUGCAGCCGGCGCCGAGCCGUCCACGGCAAGCACGUCCCCAUCCACACCAACAACAUCCCGCACAGCAACGCCGCUGUCCAAACCAGCCGCAGACGGCACGCCCAACCCCGCCACGGCCUCAACCACAACAGCAGCCACGGCCUCAACCACAACAGCAGCCACGGC